AUGGUGCACCAAAUGAAGUCUUUGCCUGAGGGGGUGUGCACUUUUGGGCAAUCUAUUGGAUGCUGCCACGGCUGGAGGAAUGUGAGCGGUCUUUGUAAGCCUGUUUGUGAAAAACCUUGCGAAAAUGGCAAGUGUAUCGGCCCUGAUACAUGCUUCUGCCAUGAGGGUUACCAAGGACAGCAGUGCAAUGAAGAUGUGAAUGAGUGUGGCCUUCCAAUAAGGCCUUGCUCCCACAGCUGCAUGAACACAAUUGGAAGCUACCGCUGCUACUGUGACCCAGGUUACUCACUGAACAUAGACCAAAAGACUUGCACAAGGGAGUCAUUGUGUUGGACCUUACACUGUCAAUAUGGCUGCCAGAAUGCACAGACAGGUGGAUACAGCUGCCUCUGCCCUCCAGGGCUGUCACUCACUGCAGACAACAGAACAUGUAACGACGUAGAUGAAUGCAUGAACUCCGCUGAAGUGUGUCCAGUGCAUCAGACUUGUAAAAACACGUUUGGAAGUUAUGUGUGCUUGUGCAGAGAGGGCUUCAUCCUGGGGACUGUGGAAAGCUCCAUCACAUGCAGAGAUCAGAAUGAGUGCUUAAUGGGCACACAUCGUUGCAGUCGGAAUGCACAUUGCACAAACACACUGGGAUCCUAUCGUUGCCAUUGUCACCAAGAAUAUUCCGGAGAUGGCUUCACCUGUCUGAAGAGGAGAGCUGGUCAAUCUCGUUCCAAAAUGUACUUCCAGUUUAAGCUGCUAAAAAGAACAAAUAGCAAACGUCUCCGCCUCUAACCAAAGGGGUCUAUUUAUGUAUUUAACAUGUUGGGAUGAAACGGAAGAGACCACAAAGCAGUUAAUGUACCCUACGUCUUUUUGUUUGCUAUAAAAAAAAUUAUUUUUGUUUUGUUUUCACUUUUUUUUCUUUUUUGCUUCAACUGCAAAAAAUCUGCUGAGCAGUUGUACAAUCCUGAUGGGUGGUCCUGCUGAAAAAGUCACUUUUGUUCUUGGAAUUAUUUGCUAUCUGCCAGCAAAAAUGGGCAUAGCAUUGACAAUGCUAUGGUUAAAAGUAGGGUAUUUGGGUGAGGGCUAAGCAAAAGCCAUCAAUAUGACGCAAAGAUGGUCAGAAUGAUCCCUGACACUUUACCCUUGAAUUUACCCUUUCUUUGAUUUUGAAAGGCUUUUUAACCAAAGGCGUUCUCCGUAUACUUCCCACCCUCUCCCUAUGAUAGGGCUUUCAGACUGAUCCAGCAUAGGAACGAAAUAAAUUGUAUGUGCUUCACCUGCUUAUUUGGCAAGUAUUAUGCAUAGUUUUACAUAAAAGACUCAUAAUAAAUAAAAUGCUAUAUUUGUAUCUGACUUGAUGUACGAGCAUGAUUAAAUAUUUAUUACAUAAACAAUGGCCUCUGGUGGGUGAA